AUGCAUCUGUAUAAAUAUAAAACACUCAUCCCCGCCGCUCCUCCAAUUGGAGAACCCAAUAAUGACGACCCGAUUCAAGAAGCACAAGAAGAAGAGCGGCCACGUGAGCGCCGACUACGGCUGGUUCGGAAAGCACUGCAAGCACCCGCGGGUGCGAAAAUGCUGGAGGAAUGCACUACCACCGUAUCCUCUUCGACAAGUUCCAUUCCGUAUAUUCGGAUAAAUGAGAAGCGCCAUGACUGCAAGCUCUUGAAUCCACGGUUUGGAACAUUGGAGAAGCGCAUGCCUCAGGCUCCCCAAAAACGAUUCUUGGCCAAUAGUUUUAAUUUAGCUUUUGCUUACCUUUCAUUGCUCUAA